ACCAAUCUCCCCUCCCCCUUCUCCAUUCGUUCCUCUUUCCCGUUUAUUAUCGGCAGAGGUCGCAUGGCAAAGGGAAGUCCAACCACUUCUGCGUUGGAACCAUCGCAAGAAUAUGCGCCUCCGUAACAAAGCCCGUGUGGAGCCCAGAGCGCAGUGAGGACUGCAGUUCAUCCGCAAAAGGGGGACAAAGAAGUGAAAAGGCAGGAUCUAAGUUGGGGAGUUGCUUUUGCUUGUUCUGGAGCAACGGGAUAGUUUUCCAAACACGUGCGCGCCCGUGAAUAUUGUCCUCUGCGCGUGUGAGCGAGCGCGUCGCAUCCUGGUGCGAUGCUCUGAGGACUGCGCAUCACCAGAGUUGGUGCCGAAGUUCGGCCGCGAACGGAUGCGAGGGAAGAGUGCGCCGAGUGAAACUCCCCCACUCCUCUUUUUUUUUUUUUCUUUCUUUCUUCGCCCAUCCUGCGUUCGGCGUUGCGUUUGCUGAGACAAUAGUGAGCCAAAGACGCUGAAAGUGAUUUCAUGCCUUCGGUCUCGCACGACCUGAGAUGGACGUGAGAUUUUACCCUGCGCCCCCGGCAAACGUGGGUUCAUGCUCGUUACCGACUGAUCCGAGUUGCCUGAGCUCGUUGGACUAUUACCACUCGAACAAGGCCCAGUACAGUGUGGGUGAACAAGGGGUUAGGCUCCACACUGCCCCCCCUCCAGGCAUCAGUCCAGCUAGGAAAAGGCUGCCCACUGCUGUGUUUGAUGGUGACAACAUGUACCUGAAUGACAGUAACCAAGAGUUUCGGUCACCGAGCCAGAGCUACUCCAGCCAGGGCCGAGGCGGCGGCGGCGGAGGAGGAGGAGCGGGGGACGAAGACUACGAGAUCCCCCCCAUCACCCCCCCCAACCACGCGGACCCCUCUCUGCUGCACCUCAUGGAGCACGAGUCCGGCUACCCCUUCCACUCCCUGCCCCACAACGGCCUGCUCAACGCCUACCCGUACCCCGAGCUGCCGGCCCUCAUGAUGUCCAACGUGCUGGGCCAGGACACCCACCUGCUGUCUGGGCCAAUGCACUCGAUAAACAGCGAGAAGCGCUCGGCGGCCGAAAUGAUGAAGCCCAAACCCAAGCCGCAGAAGAAGAAGAAGAAGAAGGACCCCAACGAGCCGCAGAAGCCCGUGUCGGCGUACGCGCUCUUCUUCAGGGACACGCAGGCGGCCAUCAAGGGCCAGAACCCCAACGCCACCUUCGGCGACGUCUCCAAGAUCGUGGCGUCCAUGUGGGACAGCCUAGGAGAGGAGCAGAAGCAGGGGUACAAGAGGAAAACUGAGGCGGCUAAGAAAGAGUACCUGAAAGCCUUGGCCGCGUACCGAGCCAGUCUGGUUUCCAAGACAUACAGUGACCCCGAACCAAAAAGUGCCCAGCAGAGCAGCCAGCCCUCCCACCUCAAGCAGCCCCUCUACAGCGUGCCCCCCCAGCCCUCCUCGCCCUACCUGGGCCCGCCGGGCUCCUUCCCCCUGUCGGAGCUCCAGAGCUACGCGGGGCCCCGUCACACCCUGGCCCCGGCCCUCGGCCAGUCCCAGAUGCUGCCGCCCAGCAUGAGUGCCUCUCCCCCGACCCCCUUCCAGAUCAGCCCGCCCCUGCACCCCCACGCCCAGCUCUCCCUGCACCAGAACUCCCUGCUCGGCCAGCCCAUCCGCAUGCAGCAGUCGCAGCCAAUCAUCUCGCACCAAAUGGGGCUUCAGGCGCCUUUGCACUCCCCUCCUCUCAGCCAACAGGCGUUCUCCCAUAUGCAGGCCGACUACCAGAACAGCGUCGGGGGCUCACAGUCUCCAGGGGCCCCGAACCCAGUGCACGGCCAGAACCCCGACUGGGACAGCGAGUACUGCAACAGGGACUGUGGACCCAACCACUGCGGCAGUGGCAUGGGACCCCGAGACAAGCCUCUCUACCUCACUUGAAGUUGAAAGACCUCCAAAUGUCAGACUCCAGGGAGCUUUCUAACAUUACAACGACGUCAUCGAUAUAUCUGCUUCUACACCAUUUUGUUUUUCUUUUUAUUCUGCUGGAUUUUGAAAAUCCCAAAGACUGCUACAGUACCUUCACCUAUUUGCCAAGCACUUAGAUCAGCCAGAAGCCUGAGGCCCUUCUCUUGCUUUUCUUUUUUUUUUCUCCUCCUUAUCAGUAAACUUUCCAUUUUUUCGCGGGGGCAGCGAGCUUUAAGCUCAUGCCAACAUACUGGAAACGAAGACCAAAAAAAAAUGUCUUCUCAUCUUGUUUUGAAUUUUUUAAAGAUGCUUUCUCUGCUCCUCACUCCAUUACGCUGUGUUUGCCAUAGACUGCCCUCAUUGGGGACGUGAAUGCUCUAAGCAUACUCAGAAUAGGGGGCUUGGAUAAAGGAGCUAACGCAGGAAACUAGAAUACAGUCACCUCAGCCGAGAUGGAUGUACUUCAGAACAGACUGAAAGACCUGGACUGAGGGAAAGCGAAUUUUACUGGCGAUAGUCACAAACACAAGACAUUUGUAAAUCAAUCUAGUAAAGGACUCCUCUAUUCCCUUUAUUUCUCACUGAGUGAUUGUAAAUAUCACUAAAAUGGAUCCCUCUUACGUGUGUAUUUAGCUGCAGUCCCUCGCGUUCUGUUUUUUUUUUACUUUUCUUCGGUUUGGUUGUGUUUUCCUUCAGGCGGAUUGAUUGAGGGAUCUCACACACUAAAAGUUGUGUUGAAACUGUUCGCUGGUCUCGUUUCCCUCCGAAUGAAGAGGCAGUCAGCGACCUAACGGCGCUCCGCUUCCUUGGGCGGCGGAGCUCUGAUAGAGCGGGGUCGCUCACUUCACGGGGCCUCAAGACUCUACAGGACUGCAGAGGUCGUAGGUAAAAAUGGUUCCUUUUAGCUCCUCCUCCUCUGGGUGAGGAAGGACCGCCCCCUCACUCAUAACCCCGCCCACCGGCCCCUUAGUUCCAACACCACUUGUACAGGUGAAUUUAAAAAAGUUGCUAAAUGUGAAAUGUUACUAAAGAAAAAAAACAUAACAGUGGGUUUUAAAGUUUUUGACUAGUUUUAUUAGGUGUUUUAGGAUUGUGUUGAACUCAUCUUUAUCAUUUUUUUGUGAAGAGAAAAAACUUUUUAAGAUAUUUUGUUUCGUUUCGUUUUGUUUUGUUUUUCACUGUAGCAGGAUUUGCGUUUCGGAGGAAUGGUCAUGGGAGUAGAUAUUUUAAUUUUGUGUAAAAACCUGCCAAAUGUACUUCUUUAAUUUGUAACGCCAGCGAGAAGAGAACCCAUUUAGUUUUGUCAAAUAUCACGUUUUACAAUGCGGUCAUUCUAUUUAAUUUGCCGGUUUCUCAUCUAUUUAUGAAUGAUAUGAAGUAACAUUUUGGCUUAUUUUCAUCAGGGUGCAUUAUUAUUAUUAUUAUUAUUAUUAUUAUUAUUAUUAUUAUUAUUAUUAUUAUUAUUAUUAUUAUUAUUAUUAUUAUUAUUAUUAUAUAAGAACUAUUUUUUCAGAGGUUACUGUUGGUGCAAUGCCAGCGUACCAGCAUUAGAUUCAUUUUGUGUCACAAAAACUUCUUUUGUUUUCUUUUGUCUGUAAUAAAAUGUUUAAAGUGGA